CCAGUGUUUCAUGUGCUGCAGCAGCAGACAGAGGAUUUGAAAGUGGAAUCUUAUCGGAUGUUGAAAUCGUUUCAGCUUGCAUCUUAUUUUCACUGAGGUUGUUGGCUAUUGUGUCAUCACUCAUUCAGCGUCCAGGUGUUUCAGGUUGAUUUUUAACACGCAAUAUGAGCAAGUAUCACCCUGAGCUGAGCCAGAGGGAGCAGGAGUUACUGAAAAUCCGUCGAGACAGUGACACGAAAGCGGCUGAACUUGUCAAGAUGGAGAAGAUGUUGCAGCAGACCAAGAACCUGCUUGACAAAAAGACAGAGUCUGGUUCAGAGAGCAUGGGCUACCAGGAAAACAUGGUGGAGGACCUGGAGGAAAAAGUGCGCUCCAGCAGACGGUACAGGAGAAACUCUCUCCAUCACACACAGAUGCUGGAGAGCCAGAUGAAAACAGUGAAAGGUGAGUUGGUGGGCACACUGGACCAUCUUCAGGAGCUGAGGAACGUCUUGCGCCGCUCCCAGCAGAAAGCAGAAGAGCGCAAAGCGGCGAUGGAGAAGCUGGCAGCAGGGCUCAGGUGAAGCACCUGCUCUGCCACUGCUGUUAAUACGAAACAAGGUUUUGACCUUUUCAAGCUCCAGUACACCAGCUGAGGGUCUGACCUGACACCCUUCAUCCUGCCAACGAAGCUGUGCAGAGAUCGCAUCUAACAAGACCGCACCCACACACUGGUUGAAUGGUAGAAGAAAGAGACUUGAGCUGCUGUGUUGGUCCUCACCCUUCUCCAUCUCUGAAGCGAGGCCAUCAUUUGGCAUCACUGAAGACUACAUUUGAAGUAUCCAUGGUAAUUCAGAAGCUGCUUCUAACAAUUGAUUAAAAAUUGUGUCCCCCCUUUUACUCCCUUUUAUUUAAUGACUCACGUAAUUAUUUAUAUAGGGCUACAUAUUGACCUGCUUUGAAUUUGUCCGUUUUUGCUUCGCACUUAAUUCUCUGUCUCUUCUGGAAACAAUCUGAAGAUGAUUAUAAGUCAUUGCUGCUUAUAACUCUGAAAAGGACAAGAACAAUUUUGAAACCAUAUUGAAUUACACACACAUCGUUCCAUAGUUCUGUGAUGUUCUAAUAUGGAAAUAUAGAGAUCAACUAUCUCAGAGGUAAUGAUGAUUAUUCAUGAACCCAAUUUUAAUUACUUUAACCCUUCCAAUUAAUUCUUCUAUAUGAAUCUAUAUGAAUUUUAUACAAAUAUUUGUAUCUACAUCUACAGAAUAUAAACAGAACAUAUACGUGAUAAACAUCACAGACAUCAUGUCUUUUGGAUCUGGCAAAAAAACAGUCAUAACAUAACAGUUGUAGCAGUUUGUAUUUUAAAUGAACUCUCAAUCAUUUAUUGUCAGAGACAUGUGAGAUGUGAACAUUAAAUAGUGUGUUACAGACAGAUCUGAAGAGUUUUAUGCAUAAGGAUUUUUCCCCAGAUGACAGUAAAGUGUGUCCAGUGCUGUGCAGAAGCUUUCAGUGCUUUGGCUCCCUCUGGGAUCAAUAGUCUGUUGUCUGUUUUCUGCGGUGAGUCAUCUGAAAGCUCUAUUUGCGCUUUCCCUGUGGCUGAGAUGUGAUCACAUCUAAUUUAACACAGCUUGUUUCACAAAGUGUCACAUGCUGUGAGGCUGCGAGGGGAUUUCAUUUGCUGACCCUGACCUGGACAUUUAACAGAGCAAAGUCAUAUUCAUUUAAUACAACUGUAUGUUAUCUCAUGUUUCCUAUUAAUUCCUAUUCCCUCCUAAUUCAUGCAGCCCUAAACACCCUCAUACCUUUGCAAAUAUGUAAGUGAUGAAUAUAGUGAUGUAUAUAUGAAUAUUAUUGUAAUUGUUAUUAAUACUGGUGUAGGUUUGUAGCUGUAUGUGAGAUGCUCAUGUGUCUGUAUAUUUAACUGAGGUACAAAUGUGAUCCAAAGCUGAUCUGUGAUCACUUGGGGAAGAAGAAAGAUUACAAGGAACCACAACAAACGUUCAACGUCACAUGGUGAUGACAUCGUAUCACCUUAAAAGGAAAAGUUAAUUAUUUUAUUUCAUUAUUUCUAAUAGUGCAGAGGUGGUUUUGAGACAAAUGUAGAUGAUCACAACAAAUUACCCUGUAGGGGGCACUAGAGACUUGUCAGUGAGCAGUCUGGAAAAGAAACAUUUCAAACUCUGCUCCUUUAAGACCACAUAUCUGGAAUCAUUUGAUUUUAUUUUGAAUUUAUAAAUGUUUUUAACUAUAAUUGAAUGGCUCUGUGUCAGUAAAGCCUGCAAGAUUAUCAAAGACCCCAGCCAGCCCAGUCACAGACUGUUUCAGCUGCUGCCAUCUGGCAAGCAGUACUGCAGACUCAAGGGUGAGACCUGCAAGGCUCCAGGACACUUUUUUUCCUUCCAGGCAACCAAGUUCACGAGCAAUCGAUACUAGAAAUUACAAACUAGAAUGGCAACAAGAGCACAUAACACCACCAAGUUAAGGAGAGUGAUAAACAAUUCCUUAAUCCACCCCUUUAUACAGAAUCACACCAAAAUCUAUUGGGUUCUUCCCUGGCCAUCCUUCCCCUAAGUUUGGUGCAAAUCAGCUCUGUGCUUUUAUGCUUCUAUGGAGAAGGCAAAAUGGCUGUCAUCCAACUUCACUACCAAUGCUACCAAUGCCUUUCCACUGAGAGGAGGAGGAAGAGAAAACAGGUUAGUCUGCCUGCCAACAAUACUCUUUGUUUAAGUCUAAUUUAGUCUUGGAAGUCUUUUCAACAGCUUUCUAUAAGUUUUGAGGCACCACCUACACUUUAGCCACAGGAAUUAUGAGCUCAUUCACCCUCCAUCACACAAAUUAUUCUGUUAUAUACUUGCAUAUGUUGCAUAAUGACCUAACCAUUGUAUUUUGGAAGAAGUGGUGACACGACUUCAGAAGAUUUGAUAAAUGCUCUGGAAUUGUUUGUGUGAGUUGGUGCUAAGUUUACUUUAUAUGCUACCAGAGCUGUGACAAAUGUCCUUGUUAUGACAGUUUUGCAAUUUUUGCAUUCACUAAAACCAAAAAGCCCUGAACAAUGAAUGUGGUGAUCAUAGCCUUGUUAUCACUGGAUUUUUGAAAUACUCAAAGAUAUUUACUUGCAGAGUUAUUGUUAUAAACACCUCAUAAACAGCUCUUUAGUUAAAGCCUCUAACAGAAUAAACUCACUGCAACUUUU